GCUGGAUAUUAUUAUUACUACUUGCAUCUACUUUCGUUCUUAAUUUUUCAACUGUUUAUAUUGGUUUUAGCUUAGUAUUAUUCAGAUUGUCGCUAUUGUUUGGGCAGUGUAUACUGAAAAUAUUCAAACAUUCUCUAUCCUCUAUCUGUUUGAUAUGACUUGAGUGAUAAUAAUAUAUUAUCUGUGUUGAAAUACUUGUUAUACGACCUAUCAUUGAUUGAAUAAUAUAGUAACCCGAUAUUCCAUCUGUGCGUUACAGUUAGGUACAGCUUUUCUGAAAGAUGGCAAGUCAAGGUUUGGAGAGAAAAAUUUCAAUAGUUGGCAGUGGUCUGAUAGGACGAUCAUGGGCAAUGAUUUUUGCUUCGGCUGGGUACUCCGUAUCUCUGUACGAUAUCGACCAGAAGCAAAUUGAAACUGCACUUGCAGAUAUCGAACAACAGCUGAAAACACUGGAAAAAGGAGGACUUCUGAGAGGAACCACUUCGUCUGACCAACAAUUUGCUUUGAUAAAAGGAACGAUAAAUUUGCAAGAAUCCGUUAAAAACGCCACCAUUGUACAAGAAUGCGUCCCAGAAAAUCUCGAACUGAAAAGGAAAGUGUGGAAACAAGUCGACGAACUAGUCUCGCCAAAUACCAUCUUGUCAAGUUCAACAUCAACCUUCAUGCCAUCCAAACUCAGUGAUCAUCUCAAAAAUAAGGCUAAUAUGAUAAUAUCGCAUCCAGUUAACCCUCCAUACUAUGUCCCAGUAAUCGAGAUAGUACCAGCCCCUUGGACUGAUCCGGAAAUAGCCAGAAGAACCAGAGACAUCUGGACUGAGGUCGGACAAACUCCGGUGUCUCUCACAAAAGAAGUACCUGGAUUCAUCAUCAACAGAUUACAAUAUGCUUUGUUGAACGAAUCCUGGCAUCUAGUGACAGAAGGCGUCUUGGACGUCAAAGACCUGGACAAAAUCAUGUCCGAAGGUCUCGGGAUGAGGUAUGCAUUUUUGGGAACGUUGGAGACCACUCAUCUGAACGCGCAAGGUUUCGAAGACUACUGCAGGGCCUACUCCAAAACCAUCCAUGAAGUCAGCAGCGAUUUCAAACCCACGCCCAAGUUCGAGGGGCCCCAUGUCAAGGAAAUCGCAAGACAGCUCGAAGCUGAAGUGCCUCUGGAUAGACUACAGGAGAGAAGAAAUUGGAGAGAUGCCUGUUUAACGAAACUGAGCCAACUGAAGAAAGAAAUGAACAAACUGAAGAAGUGAACUAAAAUUUAAAUGUUAUGAACUGUGAAAAUAAAGAAUUUAAAGCAUAUCAAAUUGAA